GUUUGCGCGAAUUGUUCAAAAAACGAGCAUGUAACACGUCUUAAAUGCUACACUAACGGGGCGGGACUGUAUUUUAUAAACGAGCCAAUCAGAGGCAUUUGAAGGAUUUCAAGGUUACGGCGCCAACUUCAGUGUUUAGUGCUAACGUACGAUGAGUUCACGAAGAAUUUUGUGCAAAACGUGAUAAUUGAACGGCUAUAGCAAAUAAAACGGCGAGACUGUAAUUUGUGGACGGAUCAAUCAGAUCUGGUAAUCGAUAAUCAAACACACUGCUUCCCACAAUCCUCUAGCAUCCAAGAUUCUUUCAGGCUGGACAGAAACUUUAUGAAAUCUAGACAUUAAAAGCAUAUGGACUUGUUUAAGCUGUAUACAAAAAAGAUUUUGGAUUCAUGGACAUCUUUGCGCCUUGGUCUAAAUCAGGAGUCUGGAGGCCCAAACACUCAACAAAAAGUAGGAUUAUUGUAUGAACAUCUACCUCAGGUUGUUUUGAAGUCUAAACACGAAGAUGAAAUUAGCGACUUUUUGGAAGAUUAUUUAGAUGAUGAAUUAAAUAUUAUUUGUGAAGACAAAUCUCACGAAGAAGUUGCACGUCUAAUAUACGAAGGACUUCUUCUUUUUCGAAAUAAAAACACCAGUGAACUUCAAGAUAAAAUAGACAAACUGACAUCCGGUUGUAAUCUUAAUCAAUGUUUAUCUCAAGACCAAACCACUGAUGCUGACGAUUUGACUUGCAGUGAGUCAGAUUCAGGAAGUGAGGAGGAUGUUGACAUGGAGUAAAAGCUUUCUUUGCAAAAUGUAUAAUAUUUCCUUGUACAUACUAGUUUGGUUUGGUUAUAAUAAUCCAAUGUCUUUUCUCUUAUCUGCUUUUAUUAAACAUGUGUGAGUUGCAAC